AUGGGUUCCAAAUAUCUGCUUUUCCACAGCGCAUUGCUGCUUUUCACGGUUUUGUGCCACGGAAAGGACCUUUUCUUCAAUGACAAUGGAAAACUUCAAUUGUCUGAGUCCUACAACACUGCAUGGAUGGCAGGUGUCCAGGACUUCUGCACCUUGUCCCUGAUCACCAUUCCUGGUACCCAUGACAGCCUGGCCCUGUAUGGAGGCCCCGUGGCUGAACGCCAAGUCUGGGGCCUCAGAGAUCAGCUUAGGGCCGGCAUACGUUUCCUGGAUCUCAAAGUCUUCGCGCUGUGGGACACGCUCUACGUAAUGCACGGAGUGAUGUACGAACGCAGCACUCUUAGAGAGGUCCUGGACACGGUCCGAGAGUUCCUGUCUGAGUUCAGGACUGAGGCGGUUCUCAUCCAAGUGAAACCAGAGUCUUUUGAUAAAGAUAGCAUCAAUCAAAUGGUGCAGAGUCUGAUUAGCAAUGACCAACGUGUUUGGGUGAGCUCUGGCAUGCCCAAUAUGGGUCAGAUCAGGGGGAAAAUUGUAUUUGUGCAGAAAAACACCUUCACACUCGGUAUUCCACUCAUGGACACAGGCAGUAAUGGUAAUAACAAGGUUACCAAUAUCCAAGCUCAGGACAGCGCCAUUAUCCAAUACUUGAAUCAAGCCACCGAGGCGUGUGGAGGCGACAAUAUGCCUCUGACGUUCUCCAGCGGCACCGGCUUCGGCACAUUCUGGGGUAUAUUUCUAACCCCAAAACGGGUGGCUGAGAAGGUGGACCCCUGGCUUAACCAUUAUAUACGGCAGUUUUAUCCAAACCAUCCCAGACCAUGCUUUGGUGUCAUUGCCAUGGACUUCCCUGGCAUCGAUCUCAUUCAAACUGUUGCCAAUUUAAAUCGGUGGUAA